AUGGGUGUGGGAUCAACCGCAAAACGCCGUCGCACUGGCACUGACUCUUCCGCGAACUCUGCCACCCCUUCUCGCGCAAAGGCCGGUCGCUCCGGCCGUGGCAGGGGCCGCCCGCCAAAUGCCCCCCGCGAUGGACGGGAGCGUCCCCCUCCUUUGCCCGAAUGCUUCCGCAGGCGAUGCACUGAUGUCCUGGACCGCCUCAAUAAGAAGGACCAUCUCAAUAUAUUUCUGGAACCCGUCAAUACCGAUGAAGUCGACGGUUACGCUGAGACCAUCAAACGUCCCAUGGACCUGACUACCAUGCGUACAAAGCUCGGCAAGCAAUCGUACCGCAGCUUGGGUGAGUUUCGACGCGAUCUCGACCUCAUUUGGUCCAACUGCCUACUUUUUAAUGGAAAAGAGCCUACCAAUAUUUUCAGUCGAACCGCUAUUGAACUGCGUCGCCUCACAGAGAAACUUAUCGCCUCAACUCGUCAACAUUUAGAGAAGGACAAAGAGAACAUUAUUAAAUGGAAGGAAAAACACAGGCGAAGGCGAGAGACAAUGCAAGCGAACGCCGUACUGUCAGCUCAUGGCCUACAUCCACAACCUGGCGUUGGUCCUGGGGGAUAUGCCGGUCGGGACUCACGGACAAACGUACCUGGACGAGAUCCCAUGGACUCCACCGCUACGACGUUUCCGAGGGAGGAACAUAACGGUCGCACCCCAGAGGAGAACGCUCUGGCCGAUCAUUUGCGUUUGCAGUACGCGGGAACUACAGGCUUGUACAGGAAAGGAACGGACAACGUUUUGCUACCACAAUAUGCCACAGCCGAUGGCAGCCUUGUGCAAAUUCCUUUGCGAAAAUAUCACCCAACCGACCGGCGAUGGGAAGAUGGCAUGUCAGGUGAAGUAUCAACACAUCAAGUGGACGCAUGCCCGGGGCUGCUGUGCGAAACAUUGCCUUUGUACUCGACGAAAAACCCUUGUGCGCCGCAACCGCGAAAGGGAUCCAUUCUUGUGAAAGACUACGCGCAGUCGUUGUAUCGCUUUGUGCAAAACUCAAAGUCAACUACGACGACCCAAAUAGUCACCGAGUUACUAAGCCCUGAACUCGCUGUGAAGAAGCAGCAGGAGGAAUUUUUGAAGAAAGGGUUAACCUUGCAUGAUCUUGCUAUGAUGGCAAGCAAAGCGAACGCGCGGAACGUCUCGGACAAUUUGAAAGCAUGGGAUACCAAGUCUAUCAUCCAAUUAGCGGAUGCCAUUGACAAGGCGAACAGAAAGGUUGUCUCAAUUCUACCGAAGCUGAAAGAGCCAAGACAUGAAAUGAAUGGCAUAGACGGGUUGAGACAGUUAUUGGGAGAAGAUAUCGCGAAAGAGGUGGACACUGUGCCUGUUGACGUAGUAGAUUUCUCCAUGCCUCACGGGGUUAGCGUUGCAACCAUGGACGAAAUCGCCCGUCUGCAAAAUGCCCCUGCACUUGGCAUCGCCGCAAAGGACUUGCAAUGUAUCGAUUCUUUGCACAAACAGGUACUGAGCGAUGCACAUAGAAGGAGAGCGAGUCCGGCUGGGGCGAUGGACACUGGUUCGAACUUCACACCAGCCCAAUUGCAUGAAAUCCAGCUUCGGUCUCUUGGGAUUAAGCAACAACUAUGCACCGAAGCACAUCGACAGGCAAACAUAAUUGAACAACGCAAACAUAUGUCGUCAGCUCAUCACCCAAACAAUGUAGCAUUGCACAAAAGGGAGCUCCAGCUGCUCUCGCAGAAACGCCAAAGAUCAGGCGUUACGGAUGGGCGCUCAGUAAUGAGGCCCGCGCACCACAACUUCUCGUCACAGUCCUCUGUUCAAUCACAGGAAAUGAAUAACCUUUUGAAGGCUCGCGCACAGCAAGCAGCGGUGGCGGCGGCGAAAGCAGCGAGUUUGGAUGCGCACCAGAACCACGCGGCUUCGAAUCGAGGUCUAUCGCAUUCGGUCGGUAUCCCAUCGCAUCGAACAAGUCAUGAAUUACCGCCAGCAAACCAGAACUCGAUUUGCAACAACUGCGGAACACGUGACCAAUUUGGAUGGAGAGCGGGAGGUCUUGGACCUGAGGGAGUCGAGAGGCUUUGCAUACCAUGCGGACUGUACUGGGAGAAAACCCAUCGAAAUCGCCCAAAAGAGCUGUGGGGUCAGACGUCUCACAGAACAUCACGGACGCCUUCGAACGGUUCUUUUGUAAACAGUGUGGGAGCAUCUUGUGGGUUAGUCAAUGCCUCACCGAUGAGUUCUCCGCAUGCGACUCCAAAUGGGGUAGCUAAGCGGCCUAUUCAGAAGCCGGUACGGGUAAUGCAGUCUUCGCCGCGGCAUUCAUCGUCUUCCGUGGGAUCCCGUGGGAUCCCCCCAAAUGCGCGUGUUUCUGUCGGGGCGAUGGGGUUUCCGCCUGGGGUGCAAUCCGCUCAUGGUGGGCAACAUCUGGUUUCUGCACACGGUGACAUGCGUGGGAUGCACCAGCAAGGCUUGCGCGCUCAAAUGCCUAGCGGGAUGCACAUGUACAGCGGUCAAGGGACGAGCUCAAACGGUGUGACUGUGGUACCGUCACAAGCUAUUCAAGCAAUGCAUGGUGUCGGCUCUGGUGCCUUUACAAAUGUGCGGCUACCUGGUGUUAGCGGGAGCGGGCGUACCAAUGUGAAUACUCGACCAGGAGCGCAAGCGCAAAUGAAGUAUAGAAGGCAACCACAAGGGGGUGGUCUAGCGCCGCAUCAGCAGUUUACUCCCCUAAGAACCCAAGGACAACAAAAUCUUGUCGCACACCAAGGCGACCCUCUCAUGCAACAAAAGCUGAUGAAUCAGCAACUUGGAGGAGUCUCCGCUGGUGUUGGGAUGCUGCGCGGUGAAAACCAGACUGCGUCUCAAAGGCAACAGCCAAAAAAUGCUCCGAUGAUGAACAUGAACGGGGGCGUUCACAAUAUCCCUGGUAGUUCGCAAUUCAGCGCAGUGCAACAAUCGGGGUUGGGGAAAAGUGCUGAUCAACGUGGUGGUACAGCAAAUGUUACGGUAGACCGCGGACAACGCAACAACUUAUCAGAUGCUGGCAGCAUUCAGACAGCUUUGGAUUUCUCCAAUUUGUCAUCAUUCGGGAACCAAGGAGGUAUGGGACUAGGGAUAGGGAGCGGUUUAGGAGAUGUGGGAGCUCGAUCUACCUUUGCGAAUAGCGGCAGCCUGAGCGGUGAUGUCAUGGGGUCCGAUCAGAUAGGAGAUAUGUUCUUCGCUGACGGAGCCCUUGAAACACCAAGUGGGGGACCCGAGUUUUCGUUUUGA